UCUCAUAACAGCUAAAAACCACUCCAACAGAGCACACUUCACUUAUUCGUUUUCGUCUUUCCUCUUUUUUUUCCAGAGAAGCUGAGAAAGCCCAGCUCGCCCUCAACUCCCCGAUGGGUUUGAUGAAUGUUCUCAAAUUCUCAGCUGCAUGCUUUGAUCUUCUUGGCUGGCCUCUGUUUGCACUGGGUUAUCCUCUAUGUGCUUCAAUUCGGGCAAUUGAGACUAACUCAAUCUCAGACGUUCGGAAGUGGGUGGCGUAUUGGGUUCUAUUUUCCUUGAUUUCACUCUUUGAUCAUACUUUUGCCAAGCUCCUUGAAUGGGUACCAUUCUGGCCUUACAUAAAGCUGAUGGUCAUCUGCUGGAUGGUGAUACCGCAUUUUGAUGGUUCAUAUUAUGUCUAUCAACACCUAGUUCAUCCAUGCUUGUCCAUGGAUCCACAAGUUGUCAUGAAUUGGCUCUUCAAUGAAUCAAAAAAGAAGUUUCAUAGCAGAGAAGACUUUCUUGUUUCAGCAGACCAAUAUAUUAAGGAGAAGGGACCUGAAGCUUUGGAGAAACUACUUGCUAGGAAGUUGAGGAGCACAAAGCUUAAUGUUGAAGUGAAAGAGAUCAAAGCACCUGCAGCACCAGAGAAAAAAGGGGAACAGUGGAAGUGUGAAGAGCCUAAUGUUGCAGAAAAGGAGAUCCAAGUAGUCAAAGUAACAGACAUAAAAAAUGGGGGGGAUGGAGCAAAGAGGUGUGAAGGUGCAAAUGGUGCUAAGAAGGAGAUCAAAGUGACAGAAGUAACACAGAGAACAUUUGGUGAUACAGCACAGUGGGUUAAACAAACAGAGAUAAAUCUUGGUGAAACUAGAAGUAAUACAACCUGUGCUGUGGAGAUAAAAGAAAGGGCAGCAACACUGGUGGCUGCAGAAAUUGAGGCAUGUAGAUACAAUAGAACCCCCGAGAUACCUCUGCAUAAGAAAGUCCAGAAAGAGUGGGCUUGUGCUGUAUGCCAGUUCACAACCCAAAGUGAAGUGACCUUCAAUUCCCACCUUCAAGGGAAGAGACAUCAGGCCACUUCUGAGCAGUUGAGAGCCAAAAACCAGGCAACCAAAACCAAUUGUUCCCCAUCUGCUUCGAAGGCCAAGAAAUCUGAUCAGUCCACCAAAGAGGAGCAACCGAAGUGUCCUUCCAACAAUCUGAAUUCCAAAAACAAUGGAAUCUCAGCUGCUUCAACAGUGAAGAAACCUGACGAGACCAAAGAUGAUGAGCAACAAAAGUGUGCAUCCAGCAAUGGACCAAACCAGAAGAAUAACAAAAAGCAAGAGGAGAAGGUGCUAGUUCUUGAGACCAAUGAGCAAGGCCAUCAGAAUAAUUUUGAUCCACGAUCCCACAUUUAUUUUGGGUCUCACAAGUUUCAAAUUUGCAGAAAAAUGAAAGAUGUUUGAAAGAAAAUUAAAUCA